AUGCGCCCUAGGCAACCGCCUAUGUCGCCUGUACCAGGAGCCCCUGGGUGGAGGAUCGCAAGAUCCGCCGACAUGGAGAGAGUGUGCGUGCUGCUGAGCACCCUGGCUGCAUCAGUGCAAACCCACCAACUCAGAGAGGCCACCGUGAACUGGGAUGCUGCCCAGAAAAGUGUGAUCCUGAAGGAGGGAGUGAUUGAGACAGAUGGGGGAGCGUACGGAUUCUUCAAUGACACUCUGCUCCUCUCUGGAUGGGGCGUGUUGGAAAUCCGCGCAGGUUAUGGAGGAAUCCCACAGGAAGACGAGACCACCUUCUUCCUGGCUGGUUACCUGGAGGGUUACCUCACUGCUGGACAGAUGUUCACUCAUUACUCCAACAUGUACCCUCAGCUGAUUAAGAAUGAGAGCGUUCUGAAUCCACUGAAGACGUUUUUGAGUACGCAGGACCGGUGGGCCAGGGAGCAGGUGAAACUUAAAAGAAACCGUGACCUCCUGUGGAAGCAUCUGGGACUGAUCCUGGCCCAGCUGGACGGACUCCAUGCCGGAGCUGCACAGUGGGCCAAAGGCAGACACAGAGAGCCUCUGUCAGCGUUUGCGGUCCAGUUUCUGAAUGGCGUCGGUGACCUCCUGGACCUGGUCCCGGCUCUGACAGCUCGCGCCAACUCCUCAGCGGGGGGCGGCACUUUCAGGAUGCCAGGAAUGGGCCACUGCACUGCUCUCAUAAAGGUGCUGCCAGGCUUUGAGAACCUGCUGUUCGGCCACUCUAGCUGGUACACUUACGCAGCCACCACGCGCAUCUACAAACACUGGGACUUCAAGGUCAUUGACACACACACUGCCACUGGAAGGAUGUCAUUCAGCAGCUAUCCUGGCUUCCUGAUGUCCCUGGACGACUUCUACCUGCUCGGGAGCGGCCUUCUAAUGACUCAGACAUCCAUCGGCGUGUUCAACGCUUCCCUGUUCUCCCAGCUUGGCCCUCGCAGCCUGCUGGCCUGGCAGAGGGUGCGUCUGGCCAACAGCCUGGCGCACAGCGGAGAGGAGUGGGCGCAGGUUUUCUCCAAACACAACUCAGGUACAUAUAACAGCCAGUACAUGGUGUUGGACCUGAGCAGGGUCUCCCUGGGUCACAGCAUCCGGAACGGAGCUCUCGUUGUGGUGGAGCAAAUCCCUGGGAAGGUGAUGCACUCCGAUCAGACUCAAGCUCUACGCAGAGGUUAUUGGCCAUCCUACAACAUACCAUUUCACGUUGAAAUCUACAACCUGAGCGGGUACGGCGCGAUGUGGAGGAGAUACGGAGUGGACUUCUCUUAUGACCUCUGUCCCCGAGCCAAAAUCCUCCGCAGGGACCAGGCCAGGGUGUCGAACCUCAAGUCCCUGAAACACAUCAUGAGAUACAACAACUACAAGAGAGACCCCUACUCUAAGGGCCAUCCAUGUAAGACCAUCUGUUGCCGUAACGACCUGAGACCAAUGAGGCCACGCCCAGGAGGUUGCUAUGACACUAAGGUGACAGACUACCAGAUGGCUCUGCAGCUGGUCGCGGAGGCAAUAAACGGCCCCACGACACAGGGGGGUCUGCAGCCGUUCUCGUGGCAGUCCUUCAACCUCACAACUCAUCAGGGUCUCCCGCACACCUACAAUUUCCCCUUCGUCGUCAUGAGGCCCGCACUGCACCGGCCCUGAGAGCACAGAGACAGAAGAUGACAUGAUCUGUCAACAUGACAGUCAGAGUACAUAUGAGAUAACAGAGCACAAUGUAAAAGACUGACAAUAUAGACAGUAUCUUUAAAGGAACAGUGUGAGGGAUGUAUUGGUAGAAUAUAACACUUAAAAGCCGUUUUCAGACAUGACCUGUGGGGUCAGGGAAGGAAGUGACGUAUUAACUCUGCUGCUUAGUUUGUGAGUUUGUUUACAUCACCCAGACACCGUCAUCUGGUCGGAUCACCACAAACUCUCUUGACAUCUUUGUCUUUGUCUUCUACGUUUAUGACACACCUUUUUCACUGGGAGAUACUUAUUUUCUUUUUGUUUCUUCAUGUAUGCAUCUGUAGUGUGUUAGAAGUGCUUUGGCUUUACUUUUGGGAGCUGUCAUCUUUAUACUCAAUCUAUGCCUGAAACUAAAAAUGUUUGUCCUUUGUUACCUUAGACUGAGCCCUCUAUGUAAAGACAGGAAGCCGGUCCUCUUCCACGGAAUAUGCUAUUUUUCUACAGUGGCCCAGCACAGACAAACCAAGCACAAAGUCAAGAGAGGGGUACUUUUGUAGCAAAAUGCAACUUUGCCAGUAGAUGCAACUUAAUCAGCCAAACUGACUAUGUAAUAAUUACUGUUUAUUUCACUUCACUUUACUUAAUUUACAGCUGUCCAGUGUGGAGUCUACUUGAAUUAUUAGCGUUAUUAAUGUCUUUUACAUUGAAUUUACCUGAGGAGUAUAGAUCUAUUAACAUAGAGCGUUAAAAAAAUAGAGCUCUUCAAAGUUGUGGAUCAGGGAUAUGCUAUACAUUUUGACAUAUCUAUAUUCUGAUAUUAAUGUAUAUCUUUUAUUAUUUUAGUUUUUCUUCUAUGUAAUGUUGACUCAGCUUUGCUCUGUAUGUAGCAAAUAUAUUUGACUAAUAACAUGAAGCAAUAAAAUCUGGAUACGAAAGUG